GCGACCCUUUUGUUUAUGACCCACGCUGAAAGUUGUUUUGGUUCACAUCAAUAGAUUCACACAAACAAGAGACGCUUUUACUUUGAAUAAAGUUACAAUAGAAUUUCUACAAUAUGAAAACAGUAUACUGUUUUGCCUUUAUUGCGAUUGUCGGGUCCCUCACAUUGGCUGAAAGUGGAAUUCGCUCACAAGGCUUGCAGCAAAAUUAUCAAUCAGGACGUCAGAGCGGUUACUCCAACAGUGCACAAGCCAAAUAUUACAAGACGAAUCCAAAAUUGGAAGAAACGACGGCAUCCGGGAAGCUGAAUGUACCUCCGACUCAGAAAAUGAAUGUUUCAGCGUGGGGGAUAAUUGGAAUAAUUUUAGGUGUAAUUAUACUCAGUACAAUAACGUACUAUGUGUUCAUAUUAUACCCGUACAUAUGUAAAAAAGAACAGUCCUACGAUACUAUGGAAUUAACAGACGUUAACUCAGUGUGCACUGUUAGCGACACUCCUAACAUGCCACUGUAUCAUAACUCGAAUGACGUAUCAGGCUAUGUAUCGGUAAUUCGUUAAGAUGGAGAAGUGGGAAGAUAAUCUUACGUUUAUUCUACGAUUACGUAAACGAGAUAGACUCGCCUAGGGUAUCGACACUUUUAUACGAACUUUACUACAUGAACUGACUAUCUCAGAAUGUUUGAGUAGAAAAGUACCAAACGUUGAGAUUAUUAGCAUUUUUUUUAUAUUUCUUUUUACACACAAUAUAUAAUAUAGAGUAAAUUAUAAAUUUUUAUAAACUUUACAAGCAUUUACAGCAAUCGGUAUAGAAAUAAUUUUUUU